AUCCGGACAGGCCGUGUCCGUCCAAAUGAAUACUGCCAAACAACGUUUCGAAAAUUGCCGCCACCGAUUUCACCCUCUCCACUACUCUCGACAGCUGCUGGUACUGGUCGACCCAACACAAUCUCCUCUCAGGCUUUCGUCGGCUCGUCGUCUAUUCUGUCGAAAAGGCAAUUGUUGCCCAUUACCAAGAAUCGGCUGGUGCUGGAAGUGUUUGCUGACCGCGCUGUGGCCAGGGGCCAACUGCCUGCCAAUCUACAUGGCUUAUAUGAGCGCAAUUAAAGUUCUGUGUAUUUUUUGUUCGUGUUUGCUUGUGUGUGGGUAUUGCUGGUUGUAAACGAACAAAACCAACGUAAACUCAAUUGCUUCAGGGUGCCGCCACUGCAGCUGGUAUCGAGAGCAUCCGCUGCCGCUGUAGCCAUUGGAGAGCGCACUGUUAUCUGGAGAGCGCCGCACGAGUCGGUAGUUGUCGUCGUCGUCGUUGUUAGUGGUGGCCGCACGUCGAUGGAAGAAUUGGGAGAGUGAAGCUAAGAGUCUCUAACAAACUGGUUGCCGUUGUGUUUCUCUCAGUCUGUGGCACCAUGCAAUAUUUGUUGUUAGUGGCACUCAAGUGAGAGACGAAGAAAUGACAAAUGCGCAAUGGCUACUGUGUAAGCGACGAUAGUAACAAGGGCCGCAGCUGCUGCGCUGUUGCCAAAUGCUGAUAAAAUACAAUAAAUGAAAGGCACAAACAUUCGCUUGGUGGUAGUGGGCUGAACGCUGCCGAUCGGCCACAGGAACAUUGGCAGGGAACAGUAACGUCAGUCGCUUUGCCUGUUCCACUAUUUUAUCUGUUAUAAGGAAAGAAUCAGACAACGUGCACGUUUGCUUAAAGCGUACUGUAUUUUGUCAUGUUAGCCUGAUGAGAAGGUUGAAUGCAAUUAGCUAAGCGGCAUUGACACUGGGAAAGCGGAAGGUUUUUAUUAAAAUAUAAUAUCAGCUAGAGUAAUGAAGUAUUAAAAGCAAUCAACUCUUUUGUGUAGUGUCUCGAUCUAUUCGUGGCUGUUACUUGAAUUGAAUUUGUGUUCGCUAAAGCCCGCGCUACAUGGCCAGUAGCAAAGCUCUGUGCAACAUAACAAUAGUUAAGUACAAUUGUUUUUAUAGGGAAGGCAGUAAACAAAGAAAUCGGCUAACAGAGUCAACUACUCUUGACCUUUUACCUUAGAGUGGUCGUGGUGCCUGUACCCCGCAGCCGGCGGCAGAAGGCCAUCGUGACAAUGCAAAAUUUACAAGGAAAAUAAGAGUGCAUCAGAGACCAUAGAGGGCAAACAGGAUCGGGUGCAUAUAUCAGAGGGAGGAGUACGCAGUGGCAGCGGCCUGUAAUGUAUCUCCUAUCUGAUCUAAGCAAAGGUUACUUUAAGUUGCUGUUCUUAUUUGAUACCAAAGAACAAAUACAAUUGCGGUGUGAUUGAGGCAAGAGGAAGAACUCUGAACCUAAGCAACUGUGCGCCACCGAAAACGGAUCGCUGAUGUUGAUAGAUGAUAGCAAAAAUUUUAGUGGAUAAGUGUACCUUUCGUUGCGGUUGUUUGGACGUUUCACAGUGAGUCAGCCAGCUCGUGAGCGGAUGAGGUCUACACAUAGAAAAAUAGAGUUGGCGACUACUUGUACCUACACCACAAUAAGAUUCUACUAGAUCGCCUACGACGCGAAAUUUGUGUGAGAGUACACAAGAGUGCCACUAUCACCCCUUAAAACUUUGGGGUAAUACAAUAAAUAUAUUGAUCGACGAAGGGACUUACUGUGAUAUUGAUUACGGCUGUUCCAUACAAACCUGUUAAACAUAUCGUCUUUUUAUUUGCUAAGGUAGCGCGUGUGUCGUGCGAAAUAACUUACAAAUAAGACAGCUACUAGGAGAGCCAAAAGAAACCUAUAGACUGGUUCAAAAUGAUCGGGGGUAGCCGUGUCGGUUUCCGAAAGAAACCUCACCAGCAGUCUGCCUGGUUGCAACUGCUUCUCGCCGUCGGCUUGUUCCAGGGGCGCCUAUCACCAGACUCUUCGUUGCCACAGGCUCCAUGGUCGAAUUACCCGGAAGGCUUGCAUCAUAGCCACUCACUACGGGGCGGUAUUGGUGCUCUACAGUUGACAGGGGCACCCCUUACGCCGUCGUUGCAUCCGAAGGGGCUUCUAUGGGGUGAAGAUGACGAGCACCACUUGCUUGUCGACGACGACUUCGAACGACUGUCGUACCUCUAUCGGAGAGCGCACAGUCACCUGAUUGCCUACCUAGCCGAAGAUCUCCAGGAUCGGCCAAGUGGAGCCAGUGCAGCUGGACCCACAACGAUUGAUGACCCCCAACAGGCUGAUUCACUUACACGAGAAGACGCAGAUCUAAUCGAAAUCCUGUGGAAACAAGACGUGGAUUUGGGUAUCCCGUUAGAGGACUAUCGGCCAGUACAAAAUACUGCUAGCCCAGUUCAACAGCACCCGGUAAAUUCGCUAACCACGUUUCCCGCGUCAACAGCUGGCCAGCCCAAGGCGUUCCCCACUCCUAUCACACCAUUCGGACCUCAGCAACAGUUGGACCCUCAGAACCAGCAAGCGCUAUCCUCAACAGGCCAAUAUUUUGCCACUUCUACUGCCGACAAACCUAUCAAGAAAGGAUAUGAAGUCGAAGUGCACGAGCCCCACCGCAUUUCCAUCGACACUGAGACUGGUGAGCCCAUUUUCGAGCCACUGCCGGGCCCGUCGUCACUAGCGAAUGGAACUCUUUCGUUGACGGGUAACUCUACGUCGGAUUCUUUUCUCGAUGCGCUUAUGGACGUUGUCGAUGAUGAACUUUUUUGCGGAGAUGGCGAAUGGGCUGGAUUAGGCGGAAAUUCUAUGGGGUCCUCGUCAUCAGCUGUAUCUCUCAAUGGGUCAGACCCCUCAGGAGACCCAUUUAGUGGUGUACUGCUCCACAAUGCCUCUCUGCCAUCGGCAAUGGAUCCGUCUAUUGGAUUCGCAUCAUCGGCUAAUGUCUCUCAACAGGUUAACCUGCAGAGCGGACAGGUGUCAAAUGGAAUACACCAAAGUGUCGUAAGCAAUGGCCACGCUACUUGUGGGGUUCCAGAAGAUGCCCGUUCGAUGAGCGAGCAGCAGAACGCCCAAGCGGCCAACUGUUUUGGUUGUCAAACUAGCUGUGGAGGGCAAGGGAGUCAUUAUAGCGGUGCCGACGGAAAGACAUCCGGUAUAAAUGAUCAACCUACCACGCGAGAUCUGCUAUCUUUCAAUACUUCCACAGCGUCCUGGGAUCCGUUUGAACUUUUUCCAGAAGAUUUCGCAUCGCUAGCUUCCAACGGAACAGCGACAAGUCUUUCUCCUCAGCUCGGCCUAAACGGGACCGAUCAUACCACUGUCGCCUGCAUUCCGGUGCCAAAUCAAUCGGAGAGCUUUCGCGGAUUACCCAACGGUGCUGUCUGUAGCGAAAGCACAUUUUCAAAUGGCCGUCAGGGUCGAUCAGCAUGUUCGACAGCAGUUGCAAUGUGCAAACAAAACGAAGGUCAGGGCAUCGGAUACGCUGCGAGCGACACCGGUGUCUCUUCGAUGUACUCGGAUGAAUGCGAUGAAGAAUGGAUGGACGGAGCAAGUGAGGCUUCGCACGAACACGAGCAGCUUGUCGUCGGUGACGGUGAGCUCAACUACCACUCAAACUCGUCGUCGACUUCGUCCUCCAUGUCUUUCGGGUCCGGCUCAGCUGGCACCAUUGAUAGCUGCUGCACGGUCCCGCAGAAAAAAUACAAGUUCUUCGGUCGUAAGCCCUUCCUUACUUGCAAUGACAUUACGCGCUCGCGAAGUCAUGAUGACGCCCACGUCGUUCCUCAGCCACAAAAGAUUCACAUUCGCUCGGAAUUGCAGUUGCACGGACAGACCCUUCAAGAUGUGCAGCACAACCAUUCAUACAGUGUGCCUAGUGAGGUGGGAUUGCUUGCCCCUGUGUACAACGUCCAGGAGCUUAGUAUCAGUGAGGCGGCGGGAAAUAAACAGGUGCCGCGCUUCAAACCGAAGACACCUAAUGACACGACAGCGGUCGCCAGCUCAUCGGACAACGCCACAAUGGGUUAUGUCGAUGAAGGCGCCGGUAGUGGACCGGUGACUUCAUCACGUGACGAGCGUCGCGCACGAGAACUCGGUAUUCCAAUUCCAACCGAAGAAAUUGUUCGCCUCUCCAUCGACGAGUUCAAUGAAAGACUGACGCGCUACGAGCUUUCGGAUGACCAGCUCGCUCUCAUUCGCGACAUUCGUCGCCGUGGCAAAAACAAGGUGGCAGCGCAAAACUGUCGUAAACGCAAACUCGACCAGAUCUCCACUUUGCAGUUCGACGUUGACCGUCUACGUGAGACGCGGCGCGCUCUCGAAGUCGAACACGAACAGCUCCGGCGGCUCGAGAACCUAGCUGAUAUGCGCCUUCGCCAGCUGACGGAUCUAGUCAGCACAGCUGAAAGGCAAGGCAACCAGGUGACUAACCAGAUAAACUCCGGGGCGCUAGGUCAAACAAGCGUCCGGCCAACGGCCGCCACUGGGGCAAUACCCAAGAAUUCUGCCAACCUUAAACUAUGAAUGAGUAACCGUGGAUUCAUUCAGAAGCAGAAAAACUGGAAAAGACAGAAGGAGGUGAUCAAUGGCUACCCUAUAUUUUGCAGAUAUAGGUCAGAUAAGUUUGGCGAAUUAGUCGCAACGUUGGCGAUAUGCCGCGAUAUCUUGCCAUCUGUAAAUAGCUUACUGUCAUGUUGUUUGUACAACUAUUGCUUUCCUAAUUAACCAGUUAACUAGCGCUAAAAUUUCAAAUAAUGCACGGCCUGUGCAUGGGUAUGUGGAAGUGGGGUUGUGUAUGUUAGAGAGGAAAGUGUCCGUAUCGCAAAUGCGGUAGUUUUAGGGUUAGAAUGUGAACAAUGGGAGAGCACUUGACGACAAGCCAAUGUGCUACACACUACUGCAGCAUACUGUAAAGCAAUCAUAAUUCAACGAGAAACUUUACCGAUAAAGUGAAUGGCACUUUGUUUGGCUCCGAUUGUGAUUACUAUCUAAGACCCCUCCGUCUCACCCCAGCACCGCAAUGAUAUCAUUGCCUGGCUGGAUUAAUGAAAAUCGUUGUUAAAACGUCACUUUGUCCUGCCUGUCAAUAGUGGAAAAUUAUUUCAUUUGAAACUGUAAAAUGUGAAAGCAGACUGCUAUCUUGAAGAGUUCUAGCUUUGGUAACGAAACGGGCAUACCUAUAAAUUACUGUUGAAAAUAUUCUGUCAGAAAAAAUCGUCAAAUUGUCUAGGUAGGUUUCUUCUCAAGGCUCCUUUGGUUGAGUCACCUCAGUGUCGUCUCGGGGUCUUCAUACUUAGACAGAAUUUCUGUGUUGUACACAAGUAUUGCUUUACGUCAGAAAUCAUUUUUUUUUUUUGCCGGUACUUCUUUGCUACUUAAAAUGUAUACUUGCAAUAUUAGCGACACUAUUUGACAAUACCAUUACUAUCGCUGACUAAAAUAAUAAUUAUUAUUAUUAUUUUUAAUUAUUAUCACAAUACUAAUUAUGAUUGAUAGUUUUACAUCAUCAUUCAUGGGCGACCAAAGAGAAUCAGUGAACAAUGCUAUGUAUGACUAUGCGUCCUGGGUACGUAUGCGGAUAAACGAACCCCUUGUAAAUACUGUAUGCUUAGAAAGAAUGAGAAAAGUUUGCGUUUGUAUGUUGUGUCGUGGAAAUAUAGAGAGUUGAGUGAGUCAUGAACAAAGGUACGAGAAAGCGAUAGUAAUGACUGGAAGCAACGUUUGCAAAUGGUGGUGUUUUUGAGUUUCUGGGAACAUCUGUUGCGGUUGCCUCAUGAUGAUUUUGGUUUCAUAUCAGAGCUAAAAUUUAUAUUCUUAGCAACAAAGAGACAAAAAAAAAAAUGUAACUCAUAAAAUACUAAACCAUCAAUUGGCUCUUCUAGCUCUCAAUUUCAUACACUGACCCCCAAUCAAAUUGCGUCUAUAGCCGUGCAAAUCUAGCAAACACAAUCGGACACGUUACGAUGUUUUGCUUUCAAAUAAUUUUCUUUUGUUGCCUACGUUGUGUAUAGCGCAUGACGCCCAACGGAGGAUGCUCGUGCACCAGUUUGAUGCUUUUUUGGCCUGCGCUGGCUGGCCACUAGCAGAAAAGCAAUAUUUAACAAACACAAAAAAGCAAAGAGAAAAAAACGAAAGAUAUUACUCUACCGGUGACGCACCCAUUCUAUUGGAUUUUUGUAACGACGCUGCCGUCAAUUUGUCCAUGAUGCAAAGCGAACCAUCGAGGGGGCUCUAUACAAUAAAGAAAUUAAUAUAAUUUAUAAUGAUUACGUAGUAACCUUUAUACGACCCCUAGGUAAAACUUGUCUCGAUGAAGACGAGGUUGGUUUAUUUCUGCCCCCGUGCGUCAUUCAUUUGUAUGAUAAAACUCUUCUGCUUUGUGCAUUGUUUGCCUAUUCUAUUCCAUAUUCAUUAUCGUUUCACAUAAGCGCUGCGUCGAUUGUCUGAAAUAGCUUGCGGAGAGAUAAAAAAGUUCACGUGGCCUUGUAACUUCAAUACAUAAAUGGUUGAAUGGUUGAACCUAUUAUAAAUAUGGCGGUAUAGUAAUAGUGAUGCACCCCCACAAGGUCGGUCAUUACCAAGUGUUGGGGUCGCCACUUGCAAUAGUGCAUUGUACUGGAAGUAAAACUCUCUCUCUCUCUCUCUCUCUCUCUCUC